AGAAAUAUUCAUCUCAGAAAUUUAUCAGCGACCAGAAUAUGUACAGAUAGGAGGUACCUCCUUAGGCCGAUGCCACUAGAGGCUUACUUUGGACCCAGAUGCAUAGUAUAAAAGUAAUCACCUACCUAUUUCUUUUAGCGCGAAGCCUCAUUCCGAAUAGACUCUUGUGGCGUACCACUUUCUAUCUUCUUGAGUGCCUCCGCAAGCAUGACUACAUCAUGUAGUCCAGCUCACUUCCCUUCUCGGGCCAGAUAAGGGAUAUGUAUGGCUUAAUCCCUGGCGCCUCCACUACCUGACCCCUGCAUCUGGAAGGUACAUCUGAUAUACAAAGCAUCUACAUCAGUCUGUACCGUGGUAUUGGGCAAUCACCUCUGGGUCUAGAAGUCGUGAGGAAAUAAAGCUAGAUACGAGGUGCUCGAAAGCGUUGGCACUAUUGGAAUCCAGCUCUCUUGAAUACUUCAACUUCUACUUAGAUAUCUCCUCUUUAUCUAGCUAUCUCGCUGCUGGGAUGAAAGGAGACACCUAAUUCUGACAUUGGCCAGCGUUUAACGUCGUAUUUGAUGUACUCCUACAUCAUCACGUACUCUCUUCUUCAUUAAUAGGGUUUUCUUUUUUGGUUAUUGCAUUGGGCUUGAUUCAUAUUUGUUUUUCGUUGAAAAUUCGAACAGACGAACGCAUUAGCAUGAUGGAGCCUGAUCAAGUGGGGAGCUCUUCUUUCCACUCGACAGCCUUACCUACACCUCAGCAACCCGGCACACCUAGUACGGAUCGGAGUCCUGGUGAAGAGAGAGCAGACACUCAAUUUUCGCGGAGAGCCGAUCCAAUAAAUCCAUUCACAUCCCCUUCGAUCUCGAGGCCAGAAUCUAGUAUCGAUAGCUCCGACAACCCUAGGCGGCCUGACAGAAAACCAUAUUUCCGCUCGCGAAGGAUAAAGAAAGGGGAAGUAGAGAAACCUUGGCUUGCCAAAAAGGAACCUAGAGAGAAGUGGGUGGUUAUCCUUCCGGUGUCAGGCCUGCUGAUCGGCUUGGCUCUUUCUGGCUUUUUCGUAUGGGAUGGGAUUCAUAGCGUUGUGAAGCAUAAUUACUGUUUGGUGCUCGAAGACAAUUUCUCGACUUUCAAUGACGCUGUAUGGACGAAGGAAGUGCAGGUCGGCGGCUUUGGCAAUGGCGAAUUUGAACAGACGACUGGGGAUGACGAGAAUGUCUUUAUCAAAAAUGGCCACCUCUUCAUCAAGCCCACACUUCAGGACGCUAAUCUCGUCGAAAAAGACUCCUUAAUCAAUCUCCUGGAAGAUGGAACCUGCACUUCUACGCAGCCGUCCGACUGCAUAGCUGCGACUAAUACCACUGUUGGGAAUGCAACAAUCGUACCUCCAACUAAAUCCGGUCGCAUUCAUACCAAGAAGGGCGCGACUAUCAAAUACGGUCGCGUUGAAGUGACUGCUAAACUUCCACAGGGAGAUUGGCUUUGGCCGGCUAUUUGGAUGAUGCCCGUCAAUGAUACAUACGGACCGUGGCCCGCUAGCGGUGAGAUCGAUAUCAUGGAGAGCCGAGGUAACAAUUGGACGUAUGGCCAAGGUGGUAAUGAUAUCGUAUCAUCAGCACUACAUUGGGGACCGGACCCUAAUAACGACGCUUGGUGGAAGACUAACGUGAAGCGAAAAGCCUUGCACACGACAUACUCGGCCGGCUUCAACACUUAUGGUGUUGAAUGGUCGCAGAAGUACAUUUUUACCUAUGUCAAUUCGCGCUUGUUGCAAGUCCUUUACACGAACUUUGACCAACCGCUUUUUCAGAGGGGCAAUUUUCCAGAGGCAACCGCCAACGGUACACGCUUGAUGGACACGUGGUCGGUAACGGGUCGUUUUAAUACUCCAUUUGACCAAAACUUUUAUCUAAUCUUGAACGUCGCUGUCGGUGGCACGAAUGGUUGGUUCGAAGACGCGAAAAGCGGAAAGCCCUGGAUUGAUAUCAGCCCAAAUGCUAAGAAGGACUUCUGGAACUCCCAAAACUCAUGGUUUCCUACGUGGGUUGCCCCAGCCAUGGAAGUUAGUAAGGUUGUUAUGUUGCAGCAAUGCGACGGCGACGAGCAAUUGUAAUUAGGUAGUAAAGGAUGGGAGAAGAAAAAACGAUGCAUUUAGUUAAGAUGGAGGUGUUGGGAAACAUAAACGGAUUAUUGGCGUUGUCUUAGGGCAUAUUUUUAGCACACGGAUUAAUUACACGGGCGUACGCAGAGCUUUGGACAACCUCGGGUCCAAACGCGGCGAUAGAAAGCAUUUUUACAGUAAUGAUGAAUUAAUCAUCAUCAACACUUUGUCUGUAUUAGAAUGGUUACACGAUGUCAUACAGAUUACUAUUGUGUACAUCUUGUAAUGUAGACUGAGGUCGGCUAAUUAACAUUCUUGAAGCUUUAGCUGUUAGCGAGCCAGGGGUUGAGAACCCCUGGAUGCUGAGCUAGAGAUCCCUGAAUUCCACGUUGUCUUAGGUUGUUAUCUAGCGGCUUGUCUCGCUAGUUUAAAAUGGCUAACAGCUAUCUGAGCGGUAAUUUAUAGUGAGUCAACCUGCGGCAAGCAUCCAUUUAUUCAGCCGCAGUCCAGAGAUGGGGGUCACGUCUAAAACAUCAGUUUCUGUAGUGCGGUGUGCGGCAAUGGGUUCCGCCUUAAGGAGUUUGUAUUUUGAAUCAUUACGAUAUAAUUUCGCAA